CUCACGGUCUCACGCUGCCUGGGCACCUUGGCUACCCAUCCAUGACUGAUCCAACGGCCUCUGCGUCGCGACGCAGGCACUGACAGCUUUCGCGUGGUUUAGUUUAGUCGUUUGGAGGGCUUGCUUGGUUGGGCUUGCUUGGACGGAGCGAGCAAACGACGACUUCCCCGCGUGCGCCCCGCGCGGAGGCGUUCCAAGUCCAGCUCCGUCCCUCCUCCAUUCAUCGGCUGAUCAACCUUGGCUAGAUCUCGCCGGCCGCCUCCAAUUGUUUUUCUGCUCGGCCCCGGGGUCUUUCAAUAGGCCCAUAGAUCUGCGCCUCGUGGAAAUCUCCGCUUCUUGCGGUCCAUCUCUUGGAUCGAUCUCCCAUUACAAUCCCGCAUAAACCUCGCUCUUUGAUCCCGAGUCCAUCCAAAGAAUCAUUUUUUUUCUGCCGGCUCGGCAGAAAGAUUCGAGCUUCGUUUAUCAAGAGCUCUGGGCGCCGUUCUUGGUCAAUUUAGCGCGAGUUGGCUGUGUUCUGAUCAGGGGGGCGCAUGAUGAGGGCGCCGGCGUGGUGGGCGCUGCUGCUGGUGACGGCGCUGGCCAUGGCGAACACGGCGAUGGGGAGGUUCGUGGUGGAGAAGAACAGCAUACAAGUUACGUCCCCCGAGGAGCUCAAGGGCAAGUACGAGUGCGCCAUCGGCAACUUUGGGGUGCCGCAGUACGGGGGCACCCUGCACGGCUGGGUCGAGUACCCCAGGUCCAACAGGAAGGCGUGCCAGAGCUUCGACCAGUUCGACAUCUCCUUCAAGCCCAAGCAGGCCGGGGGCCGCCCCAACUUCGUCCUCAUCGACCGCGGAGACUGCUUUUUCACAAUCAAGGCAUGGAAUGCACAAAAUGCUGGAGCUGCAGCAGUUCUUGUUGUGGAUGACAAGGCGGAACCUUUAAUCACAAUGGACAACCCAGAAGAAGGCAAAGAGCACCUAGAAAACAUCACUAUUCCCUCAGUGCUUAUAACAAAGAAAUUGGGGGAUGACCUUAAGAAAUCUGUGGAAAAAGGUGAUAUGCUUAGCGUUCUUCUGGACUGGAGGGAAUCUCUUCCCCAUCCCGAUGAGCGUGUGGAGUAUGAAUUCUGGACAAACAGUAACGAUGAAUGUGGUCCUAAAUGUGAUAUGCAAAUGGACUUCGUGAGGAGCUUUAGAGGAACUGCACAAGUUCUUGAGAAAAAGGGUUACACCCAGUUUACUCCUCAUUAUAUUACAUGGUAUUGUCCAGAAGCCUUUGUCAGAAGCAAGCAAUGCAAAUCACAGUGCAUCAAUCAUGGGAGAUACUGUGCACCAGACCCGGAACAGGAUUUUAGCGAAGGAUAUGAUGGAAAAGAUGUCGUGGUUCAAAAUCUACAUCAAAUUUGUGUAUUCAAGAUUGCUAAUGAGACUGGAAAGCCAUGGUUAUGGUGGGACUAUGUGCAUGACUUCGCACGUAGGUGCCCAAUGAAGGAGAAGAAAUACACACAUGAAUGUGCCAGUGAUGUUAUUAAGUCACUUGGAUUGGACAUUGAGAAGAUAAUCAAGUGUGUUGGAGAUCCUGAAGCUGAUGAGGAAAACGAAAUUCUAAAGGCAGAACAAGAUUCCCAAAUUGGUCAUAGUAAAAGAGGAGAUGUCACAAUACUACCAACCCUUGUCAUCAACAACAGGCAAUACAGAGGCAAGUUGGACAAGGUCGCUGUCCUGAAAGCAAUAUGUUCUGGAUUUGAGGAGACAACUGAGCCUGCUAUUUGUUUGAGCGAAGACGUUCAAACAAAUGAGUGUUUGGAUAACAAUGGGGGUUGCUGGCUGGACAAGGCUAAUAAUGUUACUGCAUGCAAGGAUACCUUCCGUGGGCGUGUUUGUGAGUGCCCUACUGUGAAAGGUGUAAAAUUUGUUGGUGAUGGAUAUACCAAUUGUGAAGCUUCCGGCAUUGGCAGGUGUGAAAUCAGUAAUGGAGGGUGUUGGAAGGAAACUAAAAAUGGGAAGACAAUAUCUGCCUGCUCAAACAAAGAAUCUGAAGAUUGUAAAUGUCCAGCAGGUUUCAAGGGUGAUGGAGUCAAAAGUUGUGAAGAUAUUGAUGAAUGCAAAGAGAAACUUUUCUGUCAGUGCAAGGGUUGCAGCUGUAAGAAUACAUGGGGAAGCUACGAGUGCAGCUGCGGUGGUGACAAUAUGUUAUACAUGAGAGAGCAUGACACUUGUAUCAGCAAAGUGGCUACUACGGCAGCUGUUGGCUGGAGCUUCCUGUGGGUUAUUUUCUUCGGACUCAUUUUUGCUGGGGUUGGAGCAUAUGCAGUGUACAAAUACAGGCUGAGGAGUUACAUGGAUUCGGAGAUUCGCGCCAUCAUGGCUCAGUACAUGCCUUUGGAUAACCAAGGAGGAGCAAACCAGCAUCAUGUUGCGCAUGCUGGUGAUAUUUGAAAUGGCACUCCUUUCAGUGGCAAUCGACUUUGGAGAGGACAACUAAGCCCAAAGAUACGGGCUGUGUGCGAGAAGAUUUGUCGUGCCAUGUAUAAUUCUAAGAGACACAUUGUUGCCCGCCACUUUUCUCAUGCUCGUGAUGAACAGCAUAGGGGAUCAUCAUAGUUUAGCCCUUGAUCGCCUUUUACAUGUCAGCAUUGUGUAAAUACUGUUGUUCGGACUACAGAUUUUUCUCUUGCCCUUACCUCAAUAAAGCUUGAGCCUUCCAAGUGGUA